GGCGUUGACGUUAUCCGUUUGUCUGCUUAGAACUGAUCGAUUAGCCCGCUUUAGGACUCGACACACUCCGAUACAGUAGGCGGCGCUACGCCCCGUUGAGUGUCGGUUCGCAGUCCGCCAAUAAACAAGAGAAGAAGUCAGUACCGAGCGGGCAGCUAGCGGGCUCGGUAAACACGGAGCGACUGAAGAGUGAACAUGCCGCGGGAAAUAAUAACGCUUCAGCUCGGGCAGUGUGGAAAUCAAAUCGGUUUUGAGUUUUGGAAGCAGCUGUGUGCAGAACAUGGCAUCAGUCCAGAGGGGAUUGUUGAGGAGUUUGCAACUGAAGGGACCGACAGAAAGGAUGUGUUCUUCUAUCAGGCCGAUGAUGAGCACUACAUCCCCCGUGCAGUUCUCCUGGAUCUGGAGCCGAGGGUGAUCCACUCCAUCCUCAACUCUCCUUACGCAAACCUGUACAACCCGGAGAACAUCUACCUGUCUGAGCACGGUGGGGGUGCUGGGAACAACUGGGCCAGUGGAUAUUCACAGGGCAAAAAAAUCCAAGAAGACAUCUUUGACAUCAUUGACCGGGAGGCAGAUGGCAGCGACAGCCUGGAGGGGUUUGUCUUGUGUCAUUCCAUUGCUGGGGGGACUGGCUCGGGACUGGGAUCCUAUCUGCUGGAGAAACUCAAUGACAGGUACCCAAAGAAGCUGGUGCAGACUUACUCCGUUUUCCCAAACCAGGAUGAGAUGAGCGAUGUGGUCGUCCAGCCGUACAACUCGCUGCUCACGCUGAAGAGGCUCACCCAGAACGCAGACUGCGUGGUGGUGUUGGAUAACACGGCGCUAAAUCGCAUCGCCACAGACAGGCUGCAUAUCCAGAACCCCUCGUUCUCCCAGAUCAAUCAGCUGGUUUCCACCAUCAUGUCUGCAAGCACAACCACCCUGCGUUACCCGGGCUACAUGAACAACGACCUUAUUGGCCUGAUUGCGUCCCUCAUCCCCACACCCCGCCUCCACUUCCUGAUGACUGGGUACACACCACUUACUACGGACCAGUCGGUUGCUAGUGUGAGGAAAACGACAGUGCUGGAUGUGAUGAGGAGGCUUCUGCAACCCAAGAACGUGAUGGUGUCCACAGGAAGAGAGAGGCAGCCGAGCCACUGCUACAUCGCCAUCCUUAACAUCAUCCAGGGAGAGGUGGACCCCACACAGGUGCACAAAAGCCUCCAAAGGAUCCGGGAGCGUAAACUGGCCAGCUUCAUUCCUUGGGGUCCUGCCAGCAUCCAGGUGGCUUUGUCCAGGAAAUCCCCAUACCUGCCCUCCGCACACCGAGUCAGCGGAUUGAUGAUGGCCAACCACACAAGUAUCUCCUCUCUGUUUGAGCGGACGUGCCGGCAGUACGACAAACUGCGUAAGCGCGAAGCCUUCCUGGAGCAGUUCCGCAAAGAGGACAUAUUCAAGGAAAACUUUGAUGAGCUGGACAAUUCUCGCGAAGUGGUCCAGCAGCUGGUAGACGAGUACAGCGCAGCCACGCGGCCUGACUACAUUUCCUGGGGAACACAAGAACAGUGAAGGGACUUUUUGUCUUGUAACUCAACUACAAACCACACAGCAUACAUGGUUAGCUUGUUUAUUGUAACUCAAUUUAUGUCUCGUUUUUCACUUUUCAGAAUAUUUUCUCCUUCAUAUAGGUGCCCCAAAAUAGACAGGCUAUAGCUGCUUCUCUGAAAAUAUUUAUUGGCUUGUUAUAGCAUGUAAUAGUAUUUUGUGUUUGAAAAAAGGAUACGUAUUAACACCUACUGUUGUUAUAUUAACCAAAAAAGUAAAAUGGUUAAAUAAAUUUUUUUCUGGACCACAUCCAGAAAUAAGAAAUAUAUACUCAAACCCAGUUUAAAUAAAACAAUCCUUACCUAAUAGUCCAGUUCAGUGAAGGGAAAGUAAGAGUACUUCUUUCCUGCAAGUCAUUGCAGAGAGCAUCAAUAUAUCUUGUACAAAACAAUCUAUAAAUGUCUGUUAAUAGUUGUUUUUUUCCUUUGUCCUUGACUCAGCUUUAACCCAGUGUAGCCUAUUUUUUUCAGCAAUGUGAGACAACCUGUUGCCUUGUUUUGGUCUAUUUUUAUACUGAGUACAGUACUUUAGUUUUUGUGCAGUUGAUUUACAGUAAAACGUCCACCUGCCUAUGAAAUGAUUGCCUUGAACAAUGGGAGUAGGAUUGGACUCCAUGAUGGUUAAUCCCAGACAUUUCUGACAUGGUGCUUUGUACCCUCUGUUUGCUGCUGAUACACAUUGCUCAUUUGCUAACCACUGUACAUGACCAACAAGAAUGUGAAGUUGAAGUUGGGCGUGAGCCAAAAAUGAUGUUAAAAUACCUGCCAUAUACACUGCAUUGACAUUUUAACAGCAUUUGUCACCUAGAACAGAGAAAGUAACAGUUUGCAAAGAUGAUCAUGGUGUACAAGGAUGGAUUUCAUUUUAACAUCUCUAUGCCUGUAAAUAAACUUUAAAGGAUAGCUGGUUCUCAGGCAUUCUCUGUAUUGUCUGAAAUGAAGAUACUGUUUCAUGUUGCUUUGCUUGUUGGACCUGUUUAAAACGGUGAAUAAACCUAUUUUCUAUUA